CAUAUUCUAUUAAUAUUAUGGAAAAAGAAAAUCCUCCGGUUGACGAUAGUGAACAAACUCGAAAAAAGCAUGCGGAGUCAGAACAAAAAAGACGGGAUGAAUUCAAAAUCCGACUUAAUACACUCCGCGAAUUAUUAGCUUCCACACCUUACCAAAGUAACAAUGCGUCCAAAAUUGAUUUAUUAAAAAAUGUUACUUUUUACAUAAAAAGUUUACAUGAUAAGCUUGAGGGAAUUCAAGUCAGUCUAAAUCAAUCCCGCGCGAAUUGGGACGAAGAAAAGGAAACUCUUCUAAAUGAAAUUAAUCAAUUAAAUGAAAAAGUUAAUCGGUUAAAUAAUGAAAACAAUUAUUUAGACGAAGAAAAUAAUUUAUUACUAAGUUUA